CGCUCAGCAGUGUUUGGAAGAUGUCUCCUCAGAGCGAAGACUGCGGACAACACGAGAGUGGGCCCCGAUAUGAUGAGCAGAAAGUGCACCAGCGAGGAAGAAGAGUAACUGGUGUUUGAAAGGGUCUGCUGAGUAUUUAAUGAGUUGACUGUGAGCGCAGAGGGGAGAUGCUCCGAUUAGUGUCCCAUCGGCCAUGGCGGUGCUCCUCAGCUGCACUGUGGAGGAGAUGGUGCACAGCCACAGCCGAAGCCAAGCUCCAGCAGAGCUCCAGAGAGACCCGCACGAACCCCCUCAACAUCCAGAUGCUCUCCAGGAACCUGCAGGAGCAGAUCUUCCGUGGGUCAGAGCAGGAGUACUCAGAGGAGGAUGUAGAGCGGAGCAUUAGGCAUUUGGAGGCGCAUAAACUCUGGGGGAAAGAGGCAGCUCUGUUACCUGACGUGGAACUUAAAUUGCCACAGAUGUACGGUGAUGACAUUGAUGGCCACUUUCGCAUUCUGGCCCAGAAACAAAGUCUGCCGUAUCUGGAGGCGGCCAGCCGGCUCCAGCAAACAAAACUCCCUCAGAUGCCCCAAAAAUGGGCUUGGGAAGUGGGCUGGACAGAGUACGGUUUGGAUGGACAGUGCAGGAAGGUGGAUUUCCCUGAAGAGAAUGCUCUGGUUUUUGAUGUGGAGGUCUGCAUGGCUGAGGGUCACUGUCCCACCCUGGCAGUGGCUGUUUCUCCAACUGCCUGGUACUCGUGGUGCAGUAAGCGUCUGGUUGAGGAGAGGUACACCUGGUCCAGUCAGCUUACGCUAGCAGACCUCAUCCCGCUGGAGACUCCAUCAAACUCCAGCAGGCCUAAGGAUGGACUGUGGAAGGAAAGGCUCGUAGUGGGACACAAUGUCAGCUUUGACCGAGCGCACAUUAAAGAACAGUACCUACUGAAAGGCUCAAAGAUGCGUUUCCUGGACACAAUGAGCCUCCACAUGGCUAUCUCAGGCCUGACAGGUUUCCAGCGUUCCCUCUGGAUGGCCAACAGGUAUGGGAAGAGACGAGGCCUACAUGAAGUCAAGGAACACAUGAAGAAACUCGGUCGGCGGCCAGAGGGCCCAGCGAUUGACUGUUGGGACUGGGUUAACAUCAGCAGUAUUAAUAACUUGGCUGAUGUUCAUGCUCUCUAUGUUGGAGGGGAUCCCCUGGAGAAAGAGCCCAGGGAUAUUUUUGUGAAGGGCAGCAUGAGUGAUGUCAGGAACAAUUUCCAGGAGCUGAUGCAGUAUUGUGCUACAGAUGUACUUGCCACUCAUGAGGUCUUCACCGAGCAGCUGUCUCUCUUCAUGGAGCGGUGUCCUCAUCCAGUGACGUUUGCAGGGAUGCUGGAGAUGGGUGUCUGCUAUUUGCCUGUCAACCAGAGCUGGGGUCGGUAUUUGGAGGAUUCCCAGGACACAUUCGAGGAGCUGCAGAGAGAGAUGAAGAAAUCUCUGAUGAUUCUGGCAGAUGAUGCUUGCCAGUUACUGCAGGAUGACAGAUACAAAGAAGACCCAUGGCUGUGGGAUUUAGAGUGGGAUGUUCAGGAGUUCAAGCAGAAGAAAAUACCCAUGAGCAAAAGAAAGAAAGCCAAGCAAGAGGCCGAGAAAGCAGCAACAGCUUCCAAAAGAGAAAGUCCAGAGAAAGACUGGAAUGAAGAUCCGGGACCCCCAGAGGAGGAGGAGCAGGGGAGGCCGGACCCAAGCAGAGAGCUUGUGGAGCGGCUAAAGGGGACAGUGAGCUGCCUCCCCAAGAGGAGGCAGCACAUGCCAGGAUACCCAGGCUGGUAUCGGAAGCUGUGUGCACGGAUGUCAGAGAAAGAGGAUGAGCCUUGGUCUCCUGGAGCCAGUCUCAUUAGUCUUCAGAUGAGGGUUACACCCAAGCUGAUGGGCCUGACCUGGGAUGGCUUUCCCUUGCACUACACAGAAAAGCACGGCUGGGGGUACCUGGUCCCAGGCCGCAAAGACAACUUGGACAUCACAGAGGACACUGAGGAACCUGUGUGCCCCCAUAGAGCAAUAGAGACAAUCUACAGAGAGUAUUGUGAUCAGAAAGGAAAAGAACAGCCACAGUGUCUCAGCAGCUCACCCUCGGAUGACCUCAUGCUGACCGACAACAGUGUCUGGCAAACGGUGGAGGAGUUGAGUUUGCUGGAGGCCGUGUCUGAUGAUGAGGCAGUGCCUAGAACAGUGAGAUCCAGAAAGACCCAGGUAUUGUAUGAUUUGGAAACAGGCGAAAGUGAGUGUCCAUAUCACCAUGGUAACGGACCAUACAGUGAUGUGAACAUCCCUGGAUGUUGGUUCUUUAAGUUACCUCAUAAGGAUGGGAAUGAGAAUAAUGUGGGCAGCCCCUUCUCUAAAGACUUCCUAUCUAAAAUGGAGGACGGGACCCUUCAGGCCGGACGAGGAGGAACUAAUGCAACGCGGGCUCUGGAGAUUAACAAGAUGAUCUCAUUUUGGAGAAAUGCCCAGAAACGCAUCAGUUCUCAGAUGGUUGUCUGGCUUCGUAAGGGGGAACUUCCUCGCACUGUUAGCAGACAUGAUGACUAUGAUGAGGAGGGGCAGUAUGGUGCCAUCCUACCGCAGGUUAUCACUGCUGGAACGGUCACCCGCAGAGCUGUGGAGCCAACAUGGCUGACUGCCAGUAAUGCACGGCGGGAUCGUGUGGGCAGUGAACUGAAAGCUAUGGUGCAGGUGCCUCCUGGGUACCACCUGGUGGGGGCGGAUGUUGACUCUCAGGAGCUGUGGAUUGCUGCUGUGCUGGGAGAGUCUCACUUUGCUGGCAUGCAUGGCUGCACAGCAUUUGGAUGGAUGACCCUACAGGGGAAAAAGAGUCAGGGAACUGACCUUCAUAGCCGCACCGCAGACACUGUGGGCAUCAGCCGCGAACACGCCAAAGUCUUCAACUACGGCCGGAUAUACGGGGCUGGCCAGCCUUUCGCUGAACGCCUGCUCAUGCAAUUCAACCACCGGCUCAGCCAACCUGAGGCAGCCGGUAAAGCCAAGCAGAUGUAUGCACUGACAAAAGGACUGCGUAGGUAUCAUCUCUCUGAGGAGGGGGAGUGGCUGGUUAAGAAACUAGGUCUGAAUGUGGAGAGGGACGAAGACGGCACUGUCUCGAGAGAGGAAUUACGCAGGAUUUCUAAACUGGCUGGCCAAAGUUCUCGGAAUAAUAGGAGGUGGGAUGUGGCAGGCCGCCGAGUGUGGGCUGGAGGCACAGAGUCCGAGAUGUUCAACAAGCUGGAGAGCAUCGCUCACUCAGAGCAGCCUGCCACCCCUGUGCUGGGCUGCAGGAUCUCCAGAGCCUUAGAACCUGCUGCUGUCCAAGAAGAGUUUAUCACCAGCAGGGUGAACUGGGUUGUUCAGAGUUCAGCAGUGGACUACUUGCACCUGAUUCUGGUGGCCAUGAGGUGGCUGCUGGAGGAGUACGACAUUGACGGGCGCUUCUGUAUCAGUAUUCACGAUGAAGUGCGCUACCUGGUUAAAAGUGAGGAUAGCUACAGAGCAGCACUCGCUCUGCAGAUCACUAACCUGCUCACCCGAUGUAUGUUUGCCUAUAAAUUGGGCAUGAAGGAUCUCCCGCAGUCUGUGGCUUUCUUCAGUGCAGUAGACAUUGACAAAUGCUUGAGGAAGGAGGUCACCAUGGACUGUAUGACCCCAUCUAACCCCACUGGACUUGGGCGCCGUUAUGGACUACCACAAGGUGAAGCCUUGGAUAUUUAUCAGUUAAUCGAGAUUACCAAAGGUUGUUUAGCCAAAGGAGGAUAGCCAGCUCAAACAGCCUUCAAAUAAGUGGAGGACAACUGGCUGAUAGGGAAACAUCAAAAAAACAAACCCAAGAAACAUGUCAUGAGUGCGUUAUGGAGGAUCAGAAAGAGAGUCCAAAAUUUCACAGCUUUCUUCUCUUCUUCUUGGGGGCCUGACUCUCCUCAGAAACUUGAGAGGCCUCAGUCUGAGGGAAUAACAGGAGAGUUUCAUCAUUAGGAUAAACCAGAGCUGCAGUUCAACAGGGUUUACACUGAUUUGAAGAAAAGAAAGAAAAGAUUAUUCUUUCUGUUGAUUUCUUUUGAUAGCUUGAUAACUGUCACCUUAACUGUUAGGUUGGGCGUUGUGUUCCUAUUUCUAAACUCUUUCCUUUUAGAAGAGUGUCAGAGUAUCCUUUUUAAGGACUUAUUUUGUUGUAUUUGUUAAUAAUUUGCAUAAUCAACUUUAUUCAUACAUAAACCUGACACAGACUGCUCUGAAACA